AACGCGUCUUCUAAAAUCUAAAAUUAGCAUCAAAUAAUUAUAAAAUGAGUCUGGUUUUUCAAGCUUUGUGUACGUCUAUAGUAUGCUACACAUCGCUGAACAUGGGCCUGAUCAUGGGGUGGCCAUCUUGUACGCUGAAGCUGUUCGAGUCUGGCAACACUACUCUGCACCGGCCCAUGACGGAGACUGAGCUGGCGCUCUUCGGGAGCCUCUCCUCCAUCGGGGCUCUCAUCAGUACUCCCAUAGCUGGAUACCUACUAGAUGUGAUUGGGAGGAAGUACUGCAUGAUCCUUUCUGCUUUGAGUUACGCUACCGCCUGGGGCUUCAUAGCAUUCACCACACAAGUUGAGAUGAUCCUGACAGCAAUCUUCAUAUCAGGCCUUGGUGCUUCUUCGAUGCUGAUUGUACGAGUGUACGUCAGCGAGUUCUGCCAGGAAACUGUUAGAGGCACCAUGACUACUGUAUCCAUAGUAUUCUACUCCACGGGUCUGAUGAUAGUCUACAUGCUGGGAGGCAACCUGGAGUACAAGAUGACGGUGUACUCUUGUCUGGGUAUAUCAGUUGUCGGAGUGAUCAUCCUGGGCUUCUUGAAGGAGACGCCUACCUACUUCUUGAAGAGGGGAAUGCCAGAGGAAGCAAAGAAGUCUAUAGCAUUCUAUCGGAGAGUGAGUGUGGAGUCGAAAAAAGUGAUGCAAGAGAUGGAGGCGUUGCGACGAGCGUUCAACCCUGAUUUGGAGCAAGUUGUAAGUCCUGAAGAGGAAAAACUGAAAAUGGCAGAAAAGGAGGAAGACAAAUCACCAGAAAAGCUGACUUUUUGGCAGUUCAUAAAAACAUCCCGGUCGACUCGCGUAGCCACAUACCUGACUCUUGCAAUAAUCACGUUAAGCACCUUCCAAGGUCUUCUGGUGGUACAAGUUUACGCUGUUCCGUUGUUUGAAGAAGCAGUACCGACUAUGUCGUCGAUAGCUUGCAGUGUGCUGCAAGCGUUCGUCACCGGAGCCGCUGGGUUGAUCGCUGGGUACCUAAGCGAUGUCGCUGGCCGGCGGCCGCUCGUCAUCUACUCCUCAAUCGCAUCAGGCUUGUGCUGCGUGAUGCUAGGAACCCAGCUGCACCUUCACUGGGCACCACACUGGGUCACCGCAAUGUUUCUCUAUCUGUUCACCGUCACCUACACUCUUGGAGCCGGCACUGUCGCGUAUGUCCUCAUUACGGACGUGUUUCUUCCUGAGGUUAAGAGCGUGUUAUCGAUGUUCAUCAUCCAGUGGAGCUGGCUGUGUUGCUUCAUCAUCUUGUUCAUCUUCAACCCGCUAGUGUCUAUUAUCGGGCUGGGCCCAGUGUUCUACAUGUUUGGCGCAUUUUGCCUCCUCACUGCCGUCUACUCUUAUUUCUACCAACCUGAGACUAAAGGUCUUCCCGUUGAUGCUGUUCAGCUAGUACUAGUCAGAAGACGAGGAGAGAAGUAGGCUAGAUGAUAUUCAAAUUCAAAAAUAUCUUUAUUCAAUAGGUAACAUAGUUACACUUUGAAUCGUCAAUUUUACAUAACGAACGUCUCAUCCGCCUAAAACUACUGCAGCUUCUCACAACCUGUAUAGCCGGGGAAAAGAAGCUGCAAGAAAAACCUCGGCACAGGGCCCUAGACGUUCUUUAAAAAAAAAAAACAUAAAAUAUUGGUAUACAAUUAAGUAAUUUAGCUGCCUAAUAUCAGUUUUCAGACAGUUAAUCCCAUGCAUUCAUAUCUUCUAAAUAAUCACAAACUUUAUAAUAACCUUUUUUGUAAAGUUUUUGUUUAACUACUGUCUUAAAACAGUUGAAAGGCAAAUUCUGAAUGUCAAUGGGAAUCUUAUUGUAAAAACGUAUACAUUGCCCCUUAAAAGAUUUAGUAAUCUUAUGUAAUCGACUGACUUGUAAAGCAAGUUUAUUUUUAU